GCACACCGCCUCUGCAGUUAGCACACAAACUUCACUGCUGCCUGCUCGGUUGCCACCCUGGGCUGUGCGCGGUACAAUGCCGGGCUGAACUUUAAUUUUCGUUGCGCGGCGUCUUUGUGCCACCGCAUCUCAAGACGCCGAACAGCAACGGUGGCAUAUGCAGGCCAUCCUUUGGGGAAAAGAAGGAACGCUUUAUUCAGUUGUUUGUUGUUUCAUUUGACAUUAAGAAAUACAUCAUACGCAGAGACAAAGAGGGGGCUGGCCUUGAGUCUGAAUUUGAGUUGGGACAGGGGAGGUCGAUAGCGUUGCGACGGCUGUGGGAAAAGUGGGCAGCAGAUUUGUAAUGAGCAACUUCCCUCUGAGUAAAGGUUGACUCGGCAGGGCUUCGAUGGAAAGCCUUUCGGUUGGUUACUGUAGUGGAGUAGACUGGCAUGAGAGCGGAGAAGGUGGGCAGAGGCGAGUCCACGGUGGAUCUUCAAUCAUCUCGGAUCAACUUCAAAGAUCGCUGAAGAUCGAGAUUGAAUUGAUCUCUGGCCAAUGACCAACCACCAGCAAUACUGGCCACUGUUUAGGGCCCUCCGUAAGCCGCAGCAACCGCGGGCUGCUUGAGAUCCUACACGAGCCGCAUUGACCAGGAGAUGGAAACGCAGCAAUGGCUCAUUGAGAACAAACCAAAAAUAAUCCCCGUUUGGAUCUGGGAGCGUCGUCACUAUGCUGAAGAACGCGCGUGAGUCUUCUUUGGGGGUGGGGGGGCUUUGGGCUUCUUCCCCCACGCGAAAUCAAACUCUCAUUCGUGAAGAACUGGCCAAAACAUUCCGACGUGGCAAGAAUAUCCUGCAACAACAAAAACGAGUCUUGAGACUCGGCGAGUUUGUAUUAUUAUUAUAACCACAACAUGGGGGUGUGAGUACUGGGUGGAUGAUUUACAUUGCACGGUCGUAUUCUCGCGACUUCGGGGUGGCGUUCAUCCGGCAGCGGACUGAGCAUGUCUCGACCGUGGUUGUCGGUGUGGCGGCGGCGACGGAGUAGCGAGCCCCUUCAAUGCGCGAUGCUUCCACGAGGCGGCGGGGGCGACAUCGUGGCCCCCGCUCGGGGUCUCCCCUCCUCCAUCAAAAGGGUCCGCGCACCCCUUGUCAGGGGGUGGAAGCGGGGUGGAGGGUGGAAGAAGAGGAGGAGGAGGGGGGGGGGGGUGUCUCGAACAGGCGAGGGAGCCGCCCCUGACGUCCGAACGACGGCGACGAGUGACAACCACGAGGAGUCGGCGUUAGCUCCGCGGAACGGGCAGCGCGCCCCAACUCCACAACCCCCACCCCCAACUCGCCUCCCUUCCACGCCGAAGGAGUUCGGCGGCCGUGGCUGAACUCAUCCCGCUGGGGACGCAAGUCGAAGUUGAGGGCGGCGCGCAUCGAGACGCAAGCCGAGAGAGGAGGAGGGGGGGGGGGAGCGCUUUACUCCGCGCCUACCUCGACUCCCCCACCACCACCUCUGCCGCCGUGUGCAGAAGAGAGCUGGGUGGUGGUGGUGUGUGGUGGGGGGGGGGGCACACAGGGGAGCAAGCAGCCGAUGCUGCCCCGCUGAGGGAGCAGCCCGGGGGCUCGCGCCAGGAGGAGGAGGAGAGCCGCAGUCGUCAGCGUCUCUGUCUCUCUGUCUGUCUCUCUCUCCUCUCUCUCUGUCUCUCUCUCCUCUCUCUCUCUGUCUCUCUCCUCGCGGCACUCGCCCGCCCGCAUGGCGGGAGCUGAGGCGUGCGUGCACUCUCCCCGACGCCUCGACCCGCUCGCCGUGGCCGAACCGCUGCGCAAAGGGAACAAGUUUCUCAAAUGGGAGGAGGAAACCAACUCGCUGGCGGCCGUGACCCUCAUGGUUGACCCCAAGGGUUACUUCCUCUACUGGACCGACCAGAACAAGGAGACAGAAUGCCUGGAGAUAACGAGCAUCAGGGACACGCGGACCGGACGCUACGCCAAGGUGCCCCGGGAACCUCGCUUCCGCGAGUCGGUGGAGUCAUUCACGGGGCCGCAGAUGGAGACGCAGACGCUCACGGUGGUGUCCGGGCCCGACCUCGUCAACACGGCCUUCCUCAACUUCACCAGCUUCACCGAGGGCGUGGCCCAGGUGUGGGUGGAGGAGCUCUUUAACUUGGCAACGAACCUCCUGGCUCAGAGCGCCUCCCGGAGGACCUUCCUCGACAAAGUGUACACGAGGCUGAUGAUAAGGCUCAACCAGGAGGAGAAGAUUCCUGUGCGCAGUGUUCUCCGCACGUUCCCCGCGGACAAGCGGCGCGUGGAGAAGGCGCUGGCGCACUGCGGCCUCCCGUCCGGCCGGAACGACGUCAUAAACCCCGUAGACUUCUCACCGUCCGUGUUCUGGGACUUCGUCAACCAACUGUGUCAGCGCACCGACAUCGACAGCAUCUUCGCUGAGAGCGGAGCCAAGAACAAGCCGUACCUGACGCUGGAUCAGUUCACGGACUUCGUGAACUUGCGGCAGCGCGACCCGCGGCUCAACGAGCUGCUCUUCCCGCCGCUGCGGCCGGCGCAGGUGCAGCUCAUGAUCGACAAAUACGAGCCCAACAGCAACCUCGCUCGCAAGGGGCAGAUCUCGGUGUCGGGGUUCAAGCUCUACUUGCACGGCGAUGAGAACAGCAUUGUUCCGCCCGAGAAGCUGGACGUCAACGAGGACAUGAGCUGCCCCCUGUCACACUACUUCAUCAACUCGUCCCACAACACCUACCUGACCGCGGGGCAACUGAAGGGCUGCUCCACGGCGGAGAUGUACCGCCAGGUGCUGCUAUCAGGCUGCCGCUGCGUGGAGCUCGACUGCUGGAAGGGGCGCACGGCGGACGAGGAGCCGAUCAUCACGCACGGCUUCACCAUGACCACCGAGAUCCUCUUCAAGGAGGCGAUCGAGGCGAUUGCGGAGAGUGCCUUCAAGACAUCGUCCUACCCGGUCAUCCUGUCCUUCGAGAACCACGUCGACUCGCCCAAGCAGCAGGCUAAGAUGGCGGAGUACUGCCGACAAGCGUUCGGGGAGGCCCUGGUCACGGAGCCUCUCGAAAAAUUCCCGCUGGAGCCGGGCGUGCCGCUGCCGAGCCCCGGGGAGCUGCGUGGCCGCGUCCUCGUCAAGAACAAGAAGAAGCUGUUGGUGCGCGCGGGCGACGCACGGCGCCGCCUGGAGGGAGUCCCCUCCAACUCGCCCAGCGAGUCGAGCCUCGGGGAGCUCCCGGGAGCCACUGGCUCCGAGCUGCCCGACAUCCCCCAGUCGCCCCUGGCACCCGGCAGCCCUGACGGCUCUGGGCGCAGCUCCGACUGGCACAAGUCCGGCUCCUUCAGCCGCUCCAUUGCAGAGGUGCUCGAGGGAGGCAGUGACGAGGAUGACUACACCGAGGAGGAGCUCAAGAAGGUCACGACUGACGAGGGCACGGCCAGCAUCGAAGUGAGCGCCACGCAGGAGAUGUCGAACCUCGUGAGCUACGUGCAGCCGAUCAAGUUCGACUCCUUUGCCGACGCCAAGCGGAGGAACCGGAACUUCGAGAUGUCGUCGUUUGUGGAGACGAAGGGGGCCGAGCAGCUGACCAAGUCUCCUGUGGAGUUCGUUGAGUACAACAAGACGCACCUGAGCCGCAUCUACCCCAAGGGCACGCGCGUCGACUCCUCAAACUACACGCCACAGCUCUUCUGGAACGCCGGCUGCCAGAUGGUGGCCCUCAACUUCCAGAGUCUGGACCUCGCCAUGCAGCUCAACAUGGGCAUGUUCGGCUACAACGGGCGCAGCGGCUACCUGCUCAAGCCCGAGUUCAUGCGGCGCUCCGACAAGCACUUCGACCCGUUCACCGGCAGUACCAUCGACGGCGUCAUCGCCAACACCGUAUCCAUCAAGGUGAUCUCGGGGCAGUUCCUGGUGGACCGCCGUGUGGGCACCUACGUGGAGGUGGACAUGUUCGGGCUUCCCGUGGACACCAAGCGCAAGAUGUAUCGCACGCGCACCAGCCGUGACAACAACCCCAUCAACCCUGUGUGGAACGAAGAGCCUUUCGUCUUCAAGAAGGUGGUGCUGCCGGCGCUCGCCUCGCUGCGCGUCGCGGUGUUCGAGGACAGCGGCAAGUUCAUCGGCCACCGCAUCCUCCCGGUCUCCGCCAUGCGUCCAGGAUACCACCACAUCUGCCUGCGCAACGAGAGCAACCAGCCCCUCACCAUGCCGGCCAUCUUUGUGUUCAUCCAGGUCAAGGACUACGUCCCCGAUGCCUUCGAGGACAUCAUCAGCGGGCUCUCCAACCCCAUCCGCUACCAGAGCCUCAUCGAGAAACGAGCGCGACAGCUGCAGAUGCUUUACAUGGACGAGCUGGAGGAGAAGAGGCCCACCGCGCCUGCAGACGGCGCCGGUGGGACGUGGCCGGGCGCGGGGCUGGCGGCGGAGCCGCUGGUGACGGACCGGCGAGCGUCGGCGGGGAGGGGGGACGAGCUGACCGCGAUGGCGCGGCCGGGUGGGAAGGAGGAGCGGAGGAGCGCCAACGGCGCGGCGCCGCGGAUCGGGGCCUCCUGGAGGACGAGCAGCCUGACGCCGUUCGGCACGGCCCUGCUGCAGGAAGCCCUGGGGUUUUAUCCUUCAUCUCCGAGGAAGGAGAACAUCAUCGGUGUCCUUCGAGAGCUGCGGCCAGCGUCGCUGGAGGAGCUGAAGCAAAGCCGGGCGCUGGUGAAGCUGCGGAGCAAGCAGCACAAGGAUCUGCAGGAGCUGGCGCGCAGGAACGUGAAGCGCGCCGCCGAGACGGGCAAGGAGCACGCGGCGCAGCUUGCGGCGCACGCCGACCAGCAGCAACGCCGCCGCACCUUCGCCGAGCGCAAGACCUUCUACGCCCGCAGCCUGCUGGGAGGCGGAGCGUCCGCGGAGGCGCGGGCAACGGCGGCCGUGGGGCAGAAGGCGCUCGAGGUGGCCGAGCUGCGGCGCCGGCAGCGCGAGGAGCUGCGGGCCCUCCGCUUGGAGCAGCGCACGGUCGAGAGAGACCGCUCCCUGCAGUAUACUGCCCAGUUCUAUGAGCGGCUGCUGGCGGCAGCGCAGGACAGCCAGGCGACGCUGCUCAAGAAGCUGACGGAGACGAGCGAGAAGGAAAAGAGGGAGCUCAAGAAGCAGAUGGAUACCCUGCGGCUCGGCAAGGUGGAGGCCGCCUGCAAGGAGGUCAAGGACAAGCAGGAGUUGGAGAGGCACAAGGAGCAAAUCACCAACACUCAUAUCCAGGAGGGCGUGGUGAAGCUCAAGGCGCUGCUGGAGUCCCAGAAGAAGCGUCAGGAGCGCAUCGAGGAGAAGCACCAGCAGGUGGUGGCUGCUGUGAAGCAGGAGGAGCAACUGUGCCGCAGGGAGGUUGAGCGUGCCUUUGAGGAGUGGCUCCAGUGCCAGUCAGAGGGGGCAGAGAGCGGCCGCCAGGAGCAGAUGGCACGACCGUGACGUGCAUGCCCACCAUGGGCACACUGAGAACACCACCACAUCAAGACCUCUCUCCCACAUCACCGGCUAUCCUUUUUUACUUUAUUUAUUUCUUAAUAACUUUGUACAACUUCUCCAAAACGGGUUUUCUUGGGGAACUUUUUGUAUCACCCUUUUGUAUUUUCCCCCAUCUCUGUUGAACGUUGUCUGCUUUGGGAGGGGUUCCCGUGAGAGUUGUGUUGCUGCCUUUGCUGCUGUGGCAGGGGAACUGUGGGGGCAAAACCGCAGCCCUCACUCCCCACCUGGUUUGCGAACGCCUCUCCCUAGCGUUUUUGGUGACACGGAGCUCCCGUGCUGCCACUUUCCCCGUGGCAGUGUUCGCGGUUUGUCGCUUGCUGCUGGUUCCUCCCGGGUGGACGUGGCCACUGCCCGCUACUGGCGCGCCUCCCCCCCCACCCCCACCUCUCCCCUGUGGUCGGCCAUGGAUUCGUGAUGAUCACAGUCGCUGCUGCCGUCUCCCGUGAGCCAUGCGAGACGUGGCUGCACUGAGGCUCCAUCUGCGCGAGGGCUCUGCACGUCGUGUGCGCGUACCGUACGCGCGUUUGUACAAAGUUGAAUAAAUGCACGGACUGCA